AUGGAGAAAAUGAGGCUAAGUGUCCCAGCGGCUUUUGGGCGCAGCGGCCUUGAGGCCAUGAGUCAGGAUACCGCUCCACGUCGAGAGCCAGCGGCCUUGUGUAUGAACUUGAGGAGCAAGGGCACAUCAGACCUAGUUCCACUUGUACCUGACAUCAGAGCACUUGAAAGGGGUAUAUCAAGACAGAGAAGAGCUCAGCAGGACAUCGAUAUGGAUCCACCUGCAAACGGUCAAGGGGUUAACCCUCAGCAUCCUCCGCGACCUGCUCGACCGAUUGGUACCUAUGACCGUCCCAACAUCAAUGGUCAUAGGCUUGGCAUCAGAGCCCCAGCUGUGGAGGCUAACAACUUUGAGGUCAAACCAGGUCUCCUCAACGUGAUCGAGAACAACAAGUAUCAUGGCUUGGCUGUAGAAGACCCAUUUGAUCACUUGGACAAGGGUGCACUUCCUAAGUACAGAUCCAGAUUGGAUACUGCAAGUAAUGGGUUCUUCUUGGGGAGAACUGAAGCAGAUGCAGAGGAGCUUGUUGACAACAUGGUGAAGAGUGACGCAGUCUACAGUGGAGACCAUGACAGAGGAGACAGAACUGAUGAUAAGCAGACGAGGAAAGAGUUAAAGGCUUUGCAGGAUAAGAUCGACAUUCUGAUUGCUGAUAAGGCUACACAAGAGCAGCUGAACUUCGUUGGUAACCCAGCCCAAGAAGCACCUCCUGGUGCUAAUGAAUACAACAACUACCAACAGCGAUCUUACCCAAACAACCAGCAGAAUGGUUACCAGCCUAGGAACAACCAGCAAGGCAAUUCUCAGCCUCAGCAGAAUCCUCCUCCUGGUUUUCCUAACAAAGGAAACCAAUCUUCUCAGCAGCAAGCUCAUCCUUCUAGUUCUGCUCCUCAGGCCAGCAGCACAGAUAUUCUACUGAAACAAAUCUUGGAGUCUCAAACUAGAAGUGAAAAGCAUGUUGGAUAUGAGCUGAAGAAUCUCCACAACAAGAUUGAUGGUAGCUACAAUGAGCUUAACAACAAGUUCAAGGCCUUGGAGAACCAGUUUGCUUCUUUGACUACUCACCAAAACCGCCAGCAGGGUUCUCUACCUGGAAAACCUGAGCAAAACCCCAAGGAAACAAUGAAGGCUGUUACCCUUAGGAGUGGCAAGCAGUUGCCUCCUCCAACUCUCACCAAGGAUGCUGAGAAACAAGGUGGGGGGGUAGCCAUCAACAUUGAUGAUGAGGUUGUGAUUGUGGAUGAGAAGAUCAAUGAUGAGAUCUUAGAGAAGAUUGUGGAAGCCAAAGGCAAAGGAAAGGUGGGAGAAGAGAAGCAAACAGUGAAAGAUGGUCAAGCUGCUGCUCCAGCAACUGAGAAUCCUUUUGUUCCCCCUCCUUAUGAGCCCAAACUUCCAUUCCCUGGAAGGUUCAAGAAGCAGCUGCUGGAGAAGUACAAAGCCUUGUUUGAAAAGCAGAUGAGUGAAGUUCAGAUUACAAUGCCCAUCAUUGAUGCUUUCAUGCUGGUUCCUCAAUACAGCAAGUUCCUCAAAGAUGCUGUAGCUGCAAAGAAGAAGGAGAUGCAAGGUAUGAUGAUCCUCACUCAUGAGUGUAAUGCCAUCAUUCAGAGACUUGAUGUUCCAAAGAAACUAGAGGACCCAGGAUGCUUCACACUGCCUUGUGCUCUUGGACCUAUGGUUUUUGAGAGAUGUCUCUGCGAUUUGGGAGCUAGUGUCAGCUUGAUGCCUUUGUCAGUUGCAAAGAAGCUUGGUUUCACUCAGUACAAGAAGUGUAGACUCUCAUUGGUGUUGGCUGAUCGUUCAGUGAAGUACCCUGUUGGCAUCUUGGAAGACCUCCCUCUUAUGGUCGGAAACUGUGAAAUCCCUACAGAUUUUGUGGUACUUGAGAUGGGUGAAGAAGCUCAAGAUCCCUUAAUCCUUGGGAGACCUUUCUUAGCUACAGCUGGAGCUAUUGUGAAUGUGAAAGAAGGCAAGAUUGAUCUCCACUUGGGUAAAAGGCAUGUUCUCCACUUUGACAUCAAGGAGGUUAUGAAGAAACCAACUGUGCAUGGGCAAAUCUUCUACAUUGAAGAGAUGGAUGCUCUGGCUGAUGAACUCCUUGAAGAGCUGUCUCUAGAAGAUCCUCUACAGCUGGCUUUGACAGUGGAGAAAGAGGCUGAAGUGAUUGAGAACCUGGAGAGUACUGCCUAUGGGAUGAUGCUGGAUUCACACAAGGGGUUUGAGAGUAAGGAUCAGUACGAAGAGCUGCCACAAGUGGUCCAUCAAGUAGCUUCAGUGACUCAACAAGAGAACACCCAGCAAGAUGACUGGAGCGAGCUUAAGGCGCCCAAGGUGGAGCUCAAACCACUCCCCCAUGGUGUAAGGUAUGCAUUCCUUGGCCCUAAUGAGACCUAUCCUGUCAUUGUGAGUAGUGAACUUACUGAACCUGAGCUUGCUGAACUUUUGAAAACACUUAAAAGAUUUAGAAAAGCAAUAGGUUACUCCCUUGAUGAUAUCAAAGGGAUCUCACCCACUUUGUGCAUGCAUAGGAUACAUCUUGAGGAUGAAUCAAUGACUUCUAUCGAGCAUCAAAGAAGGUUAAAUCCUAACCUGAAGGAUGUUGUAAAGAAGGAGAUUCUUAAACUUUUAGAUGCUGGUGUGAUUUACCCUAUUUCAGAUUCUAAAUGGGUAUCUCCUGUGCAUGUGGUUCCAAAGAAGGGUGGGAUCACUGUGGUGAAAAAUGAUAAGGAUGAAUUAAUACCCACAAGAACCAUCACAGGACAUAGAAUGUGCAUUGAUUACCGAAAACUGAAUUCUGCAUCUAGAAAGGAUCAUUUUCCAUUGCCAUUUAUUGAUCAGAUGCUUGAGAGACUUGCAAAUCAUCCUUUCUAUUGUUUUCUUGACGGGUAUUCAGGGUUCUUCCAAAUACCCAUACAUCCCAAUGAUCAAGAGAAAACGACAUUCACAUGCCCCUAUGGUACCUUUGCUUAUCGAAGGAUGCCAUUUGGGCUGUGCAAUGCUCCAGCUACCUUUCAAAGGUGCAUGAUGUCGAUUUUCUCUGAUCUCAUUGAGGAUGUUGUGGAGGUGUUUAUGGAUGACUUCUCUGUCUACGGAUCUUCCUUUUCUGCUUGUUUGUCUAAUUUGUGCAGGGUCCUACAGAGAUGUGAAGACACCAACCUUGUGCUCAACUGGGAGAAGUGUCACUUCAUGGUUAAGGAAGGGAUUGUUCUUGGACACAAGAUAUCAGAGAAGGGGAUUGAGGUAGACAAAGCAAAGAUUGAUGUGAUGGUCAGUUUGGCUCCCCCGAAGACAGUGAAAGACAUCAGGAGCUUCUUGGGGCAUGCUGGUUUCUACAGAAGGUUCAUUCAGGACUUCUCCAGAUCGCCAG